AUGAGUCCAGGGCUUCUGGGGAGGCCCUGGCAGGGAGGGACACAGAGCGAGAUAGACCACAAUGGAAUGCUUCGAGGUUGCUCCGAUGUUUGGAGCGCCCAGACUAGGUGAGGGGAGGGCGGGGCCCCACACACUCGGGCCCCCUCCCAGUCGCCCAGACAGAGAUGGAUGAGAGGUGGGCGCUGGGGGGGGCGCAGGCCGAGGAGGCCGGGCCACUCAGCAGCUCACUCACUCGCUGAGAGACCCAGGCUUGCUCCAGAACCCCAAACCAGUGCAAACGACUUAGUGCAAAUAAUUCAGGAGGGACGGGGAGACAGGGUUCUGGACGCUCUGAGUCUUCUGAGCAAAAGACAGAGGAGAGAAGAGAAGAAAAAA